UUUCUCUGUUGUAAAACAAAAAAAAAAGCUUUUUUCGAAACUGCUGUAUGUUGUGUGUCGUCGACCUUGUUAGGAAAAAUUUUCAAUAUUUGAUAAUUUGUGAAAGAAAAAAGUUCCAGUUGUGCACCGAAUCAUAAAUUAACUAGUGAACAAUUAAGAUAAAGCCGGAGAAGGAUAGCAUCUGGUUUGGUCCACUUUACAAUGUGGGACUCUUCCGUAUUUCUCAGCACACUCACUCCUAAAUUCUAUGUGGCUUUGACCGGCACUUCCAGUUUAAUUUCUGGUCUGAUUUUAAUCUUUGAAUGGUGGUAUUUUCGGAAAUAUGGAACAUCUUUUAUCGAACAAGUUUCCAUCAACCACAUUAGUCCGUGGAUUGGUGGUGGGGAAACGCCAACCGAGAACAGCACUAGCACUACGCCGACUACGCAAAGCAUGCCUGAAUGUAAGGUCUGGCGGAACCCGUUAAAUCUGCUUCGCGGUGCUGAAUAUCAACGAUUUUACUGGGCAACCCAGAAAGAACCGUUAACUUUCUAUGAUAUGAAUCUGUCCGCUCAGGAUCAUCAGACGUUUUUUACAUGCGAAGGUGAUGCUGGAAAAGCGGAAUACGAAAUCAUGCAAACGGCAUGGCGCGAACGGAAUCCUGUGGUGCGCAUUAAGGCAGCCAACAAUGCUAUUGAGAUCAAUCCCGAUUGUGCUCCGGCUUACAUUCUGCUGGCAGAAGAAGAAUCAACGACAAUCAUCGAUGCGGAGAGAGUAUUACGAACGGCUUUGAAAGUCGCCGAGGGGAAUUAUAAAAAAUCACAGGCUGUUCAGCACCAAGGCCCCAUCAUGGAGGGUAUUUUCCGCCGGGAUACGAACGUGCUGAUUUACAUCAAACGACGACUGGCCAUGUGCGCCCGAAAGCUGGGAAAGUUGAAAGAAGCCGUGAAAAUGUUUCGUGAUCUUACUAAAGAGAUACCUCCCAUUAUGAACGUACUGAAUAUUCACGAAAAUCUUCUCGAAGCCUUGCUUGAAAUGCAAGCAUAUGCAGAUUGUCAGGCUGUAUUGGCCAAAUACGACGAUAUUUCGUUGCCGAAAUCGGCAACCAUUUGCUAUACGGCAGCCCUGCUUAAGGCACGAGUUGUUGCGGAAAAAUUUUCACCAGAUAUUGCUUCCAAGCGAGGAUUGACGCCGGCCGAGAUGAGUGCUGUGGAAGCCAUUCACAGAGCAGUAGAAUUCAAUCCUCACGUCCCUAAGUAUCUUCUCGAAAUGAAACAACUGAUUCUUCCACCGGAGCAUAUACUGAAACGAGGAGACUCCGAAGCCCUAGCAUAUGCUUUCUUCCAUUUACAACACUGGAAAAACGUAGAAGGUGCAUUGAAUCUAUUGCACUGUACCUGGGAAGGAACAUUCCGGAUGCUUCCGUAUCCUCUUGAGCGAGGUCAUUUGUUCUAUCCUUAUCCCACCUGCACGGAAUGUGCGGACCGCGAGCUGUUGCCGGCUUUCCACGAAGUAUCCGUCUAUCCAAAGAAGGAACUGCCUUUUUUCAUUCUAUUUACCGCCGGUCUUUGCUCGAUAACUGCUCUUUUGGCAUUGCUCACGCAUCAGUACCCGGAAUCGAUGGGUAUUUUUGCAAGCACUACACUUAACUGGUUUUCGUUGCCGUUUCACUUCGUUAAGGAACGAAUCGAAACAAUCUGGCCGUGCAAUCUGUUGCAACACCUUUCACGAAUUUAAAUGUUCGGAUAAGCCAUUUUUUGUUCCUAUGAUAGCCCAUCCUGUCAAUGAUGGUUUGGAUCAGACUAACUUGUACAAGCUCUCCGUGGAACUGGGACCGCAUUCCAGCUCCGAUUAAAAUUGAGAUUAUGUUUUUUUCAUUGUGCUUCAAAGUGAUUGCUAUUAUUGAUCUUUUUUUUGAUAAGAUAUUGAAAAAAUGCAGGAUGGGUCAUUAUCGUACAUAUAGACUAAAAUCUCUUAAUAUACGAAACGCUACUUAUACAAAAAAGUACUAUCUAAUGUUUAUAUUGUAGAAGAAUACCUACCGUAAAAAUUAGAAACUAAGACAAAAUGCGUCUCUCAAUGUGUACUUGUGGUAUUAAUAAAACAUACAGCAAAGUCGACUAAAACAUGCUGGACAAAUGCAAAACAA